UGAGGGAGGGGACCGGCUGCUUCCACCGGAGCAGUGAAGCUCCUGGAGUGAAGGCUCCUCGCCCCUUCUCCUGUUGCCUGCGAAGGAAGGACAUCAGCAGUGAUGCUGUUCUGUUGACAUCCCAGGAUAGGGAGUAAGAGCCAUUGCUGCCGGCAAGCCAUGUGAAUUCAAGAGCAGAGGAGAAGGAAGUGCACUAUCCUGACUCCAGCUAUAAGACAGAUAAUCUUUGCUGCACAAUUCCCACUAGCUGGAAUGUGGGAUGUUCCUAGAUAAAUCACCAGCAAGCUCCUGGUCUGAAUCACGGACUCUCGUGCCUUGUCCCAACACCACUGCCUGCUCUGAAAGAAAGCUGACUUUUUGACUGUUCAUAAUGAGGAACUCAAAACUCCAUGCUCUUUAAGCAAGGAUCAUUAGCCCAGGAUUAGGAGAGAAGACAUCCCUCAGCAAUCUGGCAAAGCAGAAAACAACCCUCCCCAGCUCACACAAGGAUAAACCACCUGCUGUGGGAGAAGGUGGCGGAAAGCUCAUUGUGCAAUUUGUUUGGAAAACAACACCAAAGCUGAGCAAACCUUUGCAGCUCAGUUUGAGAGAAGGACCAAAGCUUUUCACCUACCAAAGAAGCUGACCUACCAAAAGAAGGACCAAAACAUUUUUAGCACAAAAUAAAAGCCAGGGGGAAGUGUAGAACACGAGUCUAAUGCUUGUUAUCAUUGUGACAGCAACUUGCAAAAUGAUUUGCAAAGCCCUGUCCCGUGCAGCGUGAACCAGCAGCCUUGACAGCAAGAGGAGAGAGCACCUCUUGCUGAAGCCAUUGUGACAUCUGUCCUAAGUUGCCUCUCCUGACAUCCUUUGUGGGUCUGGUGAGGGAAGACAGGAAAUCGAAGGUAUGUAGGGAAAAUGGACCAAAGCUGACCAACCCCCAGGCCCCAGAGAGCAAUGACUGAGACCUAUUUAAAAUUCCGUGGAAACCUGACUGGCCGUGUCCACCUUCCAACUCUGGCUACCCAAGUAGACACAACAGCAGAUAAAUAUUCCGGCCUCUAUGUGUACGUGGGAUUGUUCCUGACACUCCUGGCUAUCCUCCUCAUCUUGCUUUUCUCCAUGCUCCUGCGCCUGAAGCACGUUGUUUCCCCACUCGCCGUGUCUCCAGAGGGCACUGAGAACGCUCAGCAGUUCACAGAUGUGGAAAUGCACAGCAGGAUUCCAACCACAUAGAGACCCCAAAGCAAGGAGGAGGGUUCUGUGCUUGUGAAACGUGUUUUGUUCAGCAAAACGUGGUGGAAAGAAUCUGUGGCUGCCUAUUGAGCCCUGCAACUUCUUGCACAACCAUCACUAGCAGCACAGAGCAUCUGGAAAGUGUCAUGACUCUCAGGCUGGCUGGCUGUUAACACUACAGCUAACGUGUGUGCAACACCCUCAAUAAAAUUUACAUUACAGAAACCUGCUGCUGUCAGGAAAGAGUCAUAUCGCUCUAAAAACCUUGCAGAAAUCAUGAAGACCACAAUUAUAACAGCCAAAAACCCAGAGAGACAUAUAGCAGAAUGUGUCCUGGAGCCUGGAUUUGCUGACACCUCUCUCUGCUCUUAAAUAUCUUGUGAAAGGAGUUGAAUCAACAAAGUUGAGUUGUGUAAGUGGGAAGAACCCACAGGGCACACACAGAAAUUAUCAGUGGCUUGAAUAUUCUCAGGCAUUUCUCCCAUUCAAGAAGGAAAACUUUAAAUUGCUUUUUUUCCCACUGGAAUGGCAAUUACACAAUGGAGUUUUGGAAGUAAACAAAUGUCUCAUCACCUGCUGAAACUACUGCUUUUUGACACUAAAAGCCAUACAGUGAAUAGUUGCAUGCUAGAUAUCAAAAAGAAACAGAACUUUAAAAGAGGAAAGAAAAUAAAGCCAAAAUGUAAGCAAGGUUUAAAGUAAAAAGAAAGCAUCAGCAGGAAAUGAGCAGCAGGAGAGAAAAAAUGUUAAGACACUACCUCUUCCUUUAUCCUUCAUCACAUUAACUGAGCUGAAUACAAACAUGUUUAUGCCUUUCAGCUUCCCCAGUAACACUCAGUAAUUAAAAUGCAAUGUAAUGUUUUGGAGUCAAAUGGACAUCACUCUCAUAACAGACUCAAGUUCAUAAUAACAUGUUGUUUCAGAUCCAUAUUGGGUUUUCUUCCUCAAAAGACAGACCAGUUCUUCCAAAGCUCUUUCAUUUGUUUUCCUCCAAAUAACACUGAGGAAAUGCCAGGGCCUGGCACUGCAAUAAUGAAUAAUGUGAACAACUCUGGACAUAGACUAAGAGGGAAUAUGCAAAUGGAAAGUAAACUCACUGAGCACUAAAAUAUAGGAUUGGAUUCAAAUAUCCUGGUGGAAUUUCCUGGAGGAAAGAAAUGUUUACUUACAUUUAUGAAGCAACAAUCUGACCCAGUCUUCUUACCUAUGAAUGAUGUCGAGAGAGAUAGGCUUUGCUUCUGUAUAUGGGAAAGAUGGCAUCAGAUAUGGGAUAUUUGAUGGUAUAUGGGAUAUCCCAGUGGUCCUGGGAGCACCACUUCUUCUUACAGAAAAAACUUGAGCGACAUUGUUUCAGCUACAUCUCUAAAGGGCAGAAAUUUUACACAGCUUAUCCUCUUUAUUACAAUCUAAUUUUAGUUCAGCAAUAAAACCCCCUGGAUGCUUUCCACAUGUAUAUACACUUAUUUGCUAAUUCUUCUCUCUCCAAGGGCUUGGAAAGUGUAAACACUUGACACAAAAACCAGUGUAAAAUUAAGGAAGACACUGACUGUCACGUGGACUUGUGAUAGUAACACAAAUGUGUUUCUCAAAUGCUUUGUGUACAACAGGUUCUUUGUUUACCUUCAGAGGUGUGCACCUGGUGAGCUGUCUGGACUGGGAAUAUGGCUUUUACAGCUGACUCUGUGUGUGGGGGAGCAGAAUGACAAGUAACAUCCAUACUGGACACACUUGGUCCUUGGGCAGGACUAGUGUUAUUUCUGACUGAUGUAUGUAGUAUGAAACUAUUUAAAAUUUGCUUCCUUAUAUUGAAUAAGUCUCUUUAUACUCCAUUAAUCUCCACAUAAAUCGGUUUAAUCUGUGAAUCAUAGAAUCACUGAAUGGUUUGGGUUAGAAGGGACCUUAAAGCUCA